AUGCCCGAGACGUUUUUUGUAGCCCUGCAUUUUAGCCUCCUGUUUUUUACGCUAAUGGUCCCCUUCACCGGGUUCCUCUCUUUCCCCAAGGGCCUCAAUUUCGGACAGGAGCUUGUGCUGUCAGUCGCUACCAAUGAGAUGGUGAAUGAUGACUUGGCUGUCUGCAGCCCAACAGCACUCGGCUUUUCCCUGAAUGAAAAGAUUUGGAAUGAGAUCCAUACCCGGGAAUUUGCUGUGGAGGAUGUUGAGGAUAUCAAAUUCUCCAUGCCCCAUUUGACAACAGUGGGGAAAACGCUUACGGCAGAGGCCAUUACCGAACAACUUGAACGGCCACUCUACUCAAUCUCCUCUGUCGACUUAAGUGCGAGAGCUGAGGAAAUGGAAGUCCAGCUUACUCGUAUCUUCUGCAUAGCUAGUGACUGGAAGGCGGUCCUGCUACUAGAUGAGGCCGAUGUGUAUCUGCAACAACGAGAUGACGUUGGCUUUACCAAAAUGGACCAGCUUGAUGGGAAAGUACUCCGGAUUAUCAUAAAGAACUGGAAGAUAUAUACAGGGGCCCUAAUAUACUUCACCAUCACUGCCUUGGAUAUUCAAUUGCAUUCUUCAUUCUCACCAUUCUCCAUCAGUUUGGAUAUACAGCAUCCCAGUCUCAGAUUCAAAGUAUCCCAAUUUGGGCCGCGACAGCCGGGGGUCACGAUUCUUGUAGGCUAUCUCACUCAGCGAUUGAGUCCGCCAUCGCUGGGAUUUUGCCAUGUUCGGAUGCCUGUUCGCCAGCAUAGGCGACAAUAUUUUACUGUGUCAACCCAUGGAUCCUCCACAGUCAAACACCUCGCAAUCUUCAUUGUCACUAUCGGCGUGUUCAUUGCGCAGCCUGUCACCGUUGCCUGGAUUUCCAACAACUGGGCUGGGCACUACAAGCAUGCUGUCGGGAGCGCAGUGCAGAAUUCCUGA